GGUGAACGUGUGGCGAGCGGUGCUGGGCUCGCCUCGUUACAUCGUAGCACCGAUGGUGGACGCGAGCGAACUAGCCUGGAGACUGUUGAGCCGAAGACACGGCGCCCAACUGUGCUACACGCCGAUGCUCCACUCCUCGGUCUUCUGCAGGGAUCCAAAGUACCGGGCCGAAGCACUUGCGAGCAAACCCGAGGAUCGGCCGCUCGUGGUGCAAUUUUGCGGAAACGAUCCGGAAGUCUUGCUGAAGGCGGCUCAGUUGGCCGAGCCUUUCUGUGACGCCGUCGACAUAAACAUCGGCUGUCCCCAAGCCAUCGCAAAAAGAGGCAGAUACGGGGCUUUUCUGCAGGACGAAUGGGACCUUUUGAGAAACAUCGUUUCAAACAUGAGCAGAGGACUUCGGAUUCCCGUGACGUGCAAGCUGCGAGUCUUUCCUGAAAUCAAAAAGACGGUAGAGUACGCCAAAAUGCUGGAAGAAUCCGGGGCUAGCGUGCUAACGGUGCACGGCCGGACCAGGGAACAAAAGGGACCACUGACGGGGUUGGCGUCUUGGGAGCACAUUCGCGCUGUCAGAGAAGCGGUUAAAGUGCCGGUCUUUGCGAACGGCAACAUACAGUGCGUCCAGGACGUAGAGCGAUGUCUCGAAGAAACCGGGGUGCAAGGAGUCAUGUCUGCCGAGGGCAAUCUGUACAAUCCGUGCAUCUUCGAAGGAAUCAAUCCACCGUGUUGGGAACCAGCUUUGGAGUAUCUGGACAUUUUGGAGGAACACCCAGCCCCGUCGUCGUACAUCCGUGGACAUCUGUUCAAAUUACUUCAGCACCUGUUUCUUUUAACAGAGAACGAAGAGGAAAGGAGAGAUCUCGCGCAAAACUCGACGAUGGAAUCGUUUCGAAAUGUCGUACUAUCUUUGAGAGAUAGGUAUUUGCCGUAUCACGAGGGUCGAAAAAUUUGGCACCGAGAAAAAGAAGUCUACGAUCUGACACUUCCACCUUGGUUGUGUCAACCUUACGUGAGAGAUAGUCCGGAAGAACAUGUCAACAAAGUAGAGGCAAGACGGAAUGAAACGGAAACUACGGCUGUGAAGAGAGAAUAUAAGGAUAACGAAGGUAGAGAAAUUUCUCGAAAGCACAUGAAAAAAUUGCGACGCAUAGCUAGAAGACCCAAUAGAGCAGGAGUUCACACGAAACGUGGCUCAAAUUUGUGCAUAGAUUGUCCAAAUCCACUGGGUUCAAAGUGUGAAUACAAAUUGUGUCGACAGUGUUGUCGAAAUAAAUGUUUCACCGAAAACUUGGAUUGUAAGGGCCAUAGAAACUUGGCCAAGACGCGAAGAAAAAUGGCAAUUGAAUUUGCAUUGCAAAGAAAAAAUAGCAAACAAGAAGCUCAAGUAGACACAAGCUGACAAGAGAUAUUUUUAUACUUCUCAGUAACUGUUGACCGUGUUUUCACACAAAUUUUUUUAUCACUGUUGUAACAAAUUUGUUUUAA